AGCAGCACAAGAAGAAGAAGAAGAAGAAGAAGAAGAAGAAGAAGAAAGACGAGGUUCCAGAGAGAAAAAGAAUCCAAGUGUCGCCCACUUUCUUUUCCACCAUGGAUGUUCCUGGCCCGGACAGCGACUGGAGGAGUCCUCAGUUCCGACAGAAGGUCGUUAGUCAGAUUGAAGACGCCAUGAGGAAGGCGGGCAGCGGACACAACAAGUCCAGCAAUGAAAUGGAAAACCACGUCUACGUCAAAGCCAAGUCCAGAGAGGAGUAUUUGUCCCUGGUGGCCAGGCUCAUCAUCCACUACCGAGACAUCCACAAUAAGGCACUGGGCGGUCCGGAUCCCAUGAAUGCCCUGACUAAUCUGACGGGGGUUGGAGGGGGCCCGGGGGCCAUUGGCAUGGGGCCUCACCCCACCGGUGCCCCUGUGGGGGGCAUGGGGGCCAUGGGGCCCAUGCAGAUAGGCCCGCAUGCCAUGGCGGGGGUGUCUGGAAACCCACAAGCCCUGGGGGGGGCGGCCCAGUUGGCCAUGCAGGGCCAGUCCAUUCCAUUCCAGCAGUUCCAGCAGCAGAACCCCAUGCAGCAGCAGCAGCAGCAGCAGCAGCAGCAGCAGUUCCAGGUGCAGCAGAUGAGGGCGCAGAUGCACCAGAACCAGCAACAGGCCCAGAACCAGCAGCAACAGAAUCAGAUGCAUCAGUCCAGGAUGCAGCAGCAGCAGCAGCAGAUGGUCCAGCUGCAGCUCCAGCAGCACGCUCAGGCCCAGUCCAUUCAGCACAUGGUUCAGCACCAGCAGCAGGUUCAGGCUCAACCUGGUCCCAUGCCACCGCACUCGCAGCAGCAGGCCGCCAUGGCGCCGCAGCCUCUGCCCGGACAGAUGACGUCCACUCAGCACGUUCCCCUCAAUUCGCUGAGUCAGCAGCAGCACCAUCUAAAGAUGCAGGCCCUCCAGGCCCGGGCAGCCAUGCAGCAGCAGGCCUCGGUGCAGGCACAGCUGGCCUCCGUGUCUGGACAGCUGGUCCGUCCUAGCAUGCAGAUCCCAGCCCGGCUGCCUCGGCCCGCUCUGGCUCCGGCCGGCCCGCCCCCCAAUGUUGCCGCCGCUGUGACAGGACCGCCGCCGACGCAGCAGGUGCAGCAGCAGCAGCAGCAGCAUGUGAUGAUGUCAUCGCCCUCUCCGGUGCAGACUCCCCAGUCCAUGCCGCCCCCGCCCCAACCCUCCCCUCAGCCGCCCGCCUCCCAGCCCAACUCGGUCAGCUCGGGUCCGACACCGUCGCCGGGGGGGUUCCAGCCCAGCCCGUCCCCCCAGCCCUCGCAGAGUCCGUCCACUGCCAGGACCCCCCAGAACUAUGGGGUCCCCUCCCCGGGCCCACUCAGCACCCCAGGAAACCCGAGCUCGGUGAUGAGCCCGGCCGGGGCCGCGUCCCAGGAGGACCAGCAGUACAUGGAGAAGCGCAAGCAACUGUCUAAAUACAUCGAGCCCCUCCGCAGGAUGAUCAACAAGAUUGACAAGAACGAAGAACGCAAGAAGGACCUGAGCAAGAUGAAGAGUCUCCUCAACAUCCUGACCGACCCCAACACCAGGUGUCCUCUGAAGACGCUGCAGAAGUGUGAGAUUGCUCUGGAGAAACUCAAGAACGACAUGGCUGUGCCAACCCCCCCGCCACCCCCGCUGGCCACCAAGCAGCAGUACCUGUGUCAGCCUCUGCUGGACGCCGUCAUGGCCAACCUCCGCUCGCCUGUCUUCAACCACUCGCUGCACCGCACCUUCGCCCCCGCCAUGACGGCCAUUCACGGCCCGGCCAUCAUCGGGCCCAGCGUGUCUGGACGAAAGAGGAAGCAGGAGGAUGACGAACGGCAGACGGUCCCCAACAUCUUGCAGGGGGAGGUGGCCCGUCUGGACAUCAAGUUCCUGGUCCACUUGGACCCGGCGCACUGCAGCAACAACGGCACUGUACACCUCGUGUGCAGACUGGAGGACAAGAACCUUCCCAGCGUUCCUCCUCUGCAGCUCAGCGUUCCUGCCGACUAUCCCGACCAAAGUCCAUACUGGGCCAACGACAGUGAGCAGUACGGCGCCAACCACUUCUUGCAGACGGUGCAGAGGAACAUGGCGUCCAAGCUGCUGCAGCUUCCUGACAAACACUCGGUGACGGAGGUGCUCAACACCUGGGCUCAGAGCGUGCGACAGGCCUGCUUAGCGGCUGCCUAAAGCCCCGCCCACCACCACAUCUCCCUGUCGACCGGCGGCGUUACUGCAGGAGCUCCAUCAACAACGGCAAUGUUUCUUUUGUGAGGUGAAUAAAACCACUUCCUGCCAUGCACAUCUUUUAUUGCUAGCUUGACAAAGGAGCCCAUCAGAAGCUGAGU